AUGACAGCUGUUGUGAAAGUGAAAGCAAGAGAUGCUGACUCGAGGGAGAACGGGAAAGUGCUCUACAGGAUUACCAAUGGAUCCAGCGCGUUUGGUAUCGAUGAGAAGAGCGGUGUGAUUUAUACCAAUGAGAGCAUUGAUCGUGAAGUUCAAAGUGUAUACACUGUUACUGUGACGGCACAAGAUCAAGGAGAGGUAAGCUAUCAGAGUGAUUAG